AAGGAAUUUCAUGUUUAAGGCUUUUUAUACUAGCAAAUCAGGACAACUCAGCAUGAGUGAUUGUUGUAUCAAGAACACAAACAUAAAUUUCUGAGUUGCCAACAAAACAGAUGCUGUGAUCAGUUCAUUGUAGCUGAGUUGAAAGCCAAAAGUCAAAACUUGACUGAUGAUUCAAGAAUCAAGAAUCAAGAAUCAUAAAUGGCUUUCUCUCUCCUCUCUGUGCUACUCUUCUCUCUCUGCUUCUUUCACUCCACUGCAAAACUCCCCAAGUCAUCACUGUCUCUCUUCAGAUCACAAUUCUCUGAGACCCCAAAUGAUAUCUCACCUACUACAUUCUUUGAAGUCACCAAGCCCAUUCAAGUGCCCAACACAAAGCCUUGUUCUCAGCUCAUACUUGAUCAUGAUUUUGGCUAUACUUAUAACAAGCCUCCAGUUCUUGCUGAUUAUAAACCAUCUUUCUUGAACUGCCCAUCUCAAGAUUUUUCAAGAAUUGUUCUUGAGUGGAAAGCUAGUUGUAAAGGCAGGCAAUUUGACCGCAUUUUCGGGGUUUGGCUUGGGGGAGUUGAGCUGCUCAGGAGCUGCACUGCAGAGCCAACAAGCAAUGGGAUUGUUUGGACUGUUCAGAAAGAUGUUACAAGGUAUUACUCAUUGCUCAUGACCAAUCAAACUCUUGCUGUUUAUUUAGGCAAUGUUAUUGAUAGUACUUUUACUGGGGUUUACCAUGUUAAAUUAAGUCUUCACUUCUAUCCUGUCGAGGAGCAUAUUUUGAAUUGGGGUAAUUUGGGUCAUGGGUAUGGUUCAAAUGCUGAUUUAAUCUUGCCCAUUUCGAGAACUUUGCCACUGAAUGAUGGGCUGUGGUUUGAAGUUGUCAAUUCUACGGAUGUAAAGUCUAAGGUAUUCCAAAUCCCUGAAAAUGCGUAUAAGGCUGUGUUGGAGGUGUAUGUUUCACCUCAUGAAAAUGACGAGUCCUGGUAUACGAAUUUACCCAGUGAGUAUAUUGCUCGAAAUAACAUUACUGAUCUUCCGGGGAAUGGACCAUUUAGAGAGGUUGUGGUUAGUAUAGAUGGGAAGGUAGUUGGUGCAGUUUGGCCAUUUAGUGUCAUAUAUACUGGAGGAGUUAAUCCCCUUUUAUGGCGACCCAUUUCUGCAAUUGGAUCAUUUGAUCUCCCUUCUUAUGAUAUUGAUAUCACUCCAAUUUUAGGAACACUGUUAGAUGGUGAGACUCAUGAGCUUGGCUUAAGUGUCACAAAUGCUUUGAAUGUGUGGUACAUAGAUGCGAAUUUGCAUAUAUGGUUGGAUGGAAAAAGUGAAAAAACUGAAGGAAAGGUAUUGAGAAGUAGCACCUCACCUUGUCAUGUUACUUACGUAUCCAAUUUUACCGGGAUGAAUGGGACAUUUUCGACAAAGGUUAGUAGGUUGAUAGAUUCUAUCGGAUGGGUGAAAUCAUCUUAUGGUGAGAUAACAACUCAGGCAACUCAAGAGUUCAAUUUCAGUAACUUUAUGGAAAUGGGCAGUAAUGGGAAUUUGCAAAUAGUGCACCAGAGGAUUGAUUUUAUAGACACUACAAGUGCUAACUCAGGAACUUCUGUAGAUUCAGUAACAUCGCUGAAAAGAUUUCCCCUUUACUUAUACAUGGAAAAUGCUGAUCAAGAAGGCGGAGCAUACACGUCCGUAAGUAAUCUGUCUCUAGGUUUCAACGAAAAAAUAAUUAAGAAAUCUGAGUUUGGGUCAUCAGUUAGCUCUCUUGAAAAUUUGCAGGGAGGACAAGCUUCUAUGCUUGUUAAGGGCAACCUAGUAGUCAGUGGUACAGGAAGGACACAACAGGUAUAUAGCUUCGACAGUAGUAAUUCUUGUUAUCUUAGGAAUAUCAGCAGCUCAAAUUACACCAUUAUCUACGAUCAAGAGAGCAAUAAGUGUAAUAAAAGAACAGCAACUCAUUGGGGUUCUGGGUUACACAAAUGGGGGCGCCAGCCGAUUCGCAGUGCUUAUCUAGUAUCUGAUUCGGUAAAGGGAAAAAGAGGGUUCAACAGUCCGUAAUAUUUUAAGUUUUUUUGCCUGCUUAAGGAUAUUUGUAUUUUGGAAAAUUCAACAGGGUCAAGUGCAUUAUAGUUUUUGCUUGAAAGUUAACAUUUAAUUUCUGUGAUACUAGUAAGCAAUUAAAUUAUA